AUGCAGGCUUUUCAAAUAUUAGGAACCAUUGUUGCUCAGCCAAAACUAGCAUGGGUAGAUCAAUAUAAAAAUAAACAAGCAUGGUUGAAGUUUCAAGGAGUCGAUGGUCUUGUUGUAGUGGGAACUGAAUUAGGGACACUUGAUGGUCAUGGAGAUACAUGGUGGGACAUAACCAUGGCUUUUGAAGGAGCAUGGGCAGCAGCUUGCAAUCAACAAGCUGAGAGUGUGAAGCUACGUGUACCCACUCGAAAGAAAUAUUUGGUUUAUCCUAUAGAGUUUGGAGGCCCAUGCAAAUCCAAUAAACUUACAUUUGAGAUAUUAGGAUUCAUUGUUGCUCAACCAAGACUAGCAUGGGGAGAUAAAAAUAAAAACAAAAAUACAUGGUUGAAAUUUCGAGGAGUCAAUGGUCUUUCUGUAGUGGGAUAUGGAUUAGGGCAAAUCGAUGGACAAGGAUCUACAUGGUGGCGCAUGGUAGACGAUCGACCAAAUGCAAUGGUAUUUAGUCUAUGCAAUAAUCUCCGAAUCUCGGGCUUGACGCAUAUAAACAGCCCAAAAUUCCAUCUAGCAAUAGUUAGGAGUGAUAAUGCACAGAUUUCUAAGCUUCGCAUAAUUGCCCCUUCAAAUAGUCCCAACACAGAUGGGAUUGAUUUAUUAUCUUCCACAAAUAUUAAUAUUCGUAAUUGUACAAUGCAGACUGGUGAUGAUUGUAUUGCGAUUAAAGGAGGUACUUCAAAAGUUAUUAUAUCUGAUAUAAUAUGUGGUCCUGGGCAUGGUAUAAGCAUUGGAAGUCUUGGGGAGUUUGGAAGACGUGAUGAAGUUGAAGCAAUUGACAUAAGUAAUUGCAAUAUUACUGGAGCUGAUGAUGGAAUCAGGAUCAAGACAUGGCAGGGAGGCUCUGGAUUUGCAAGGAAUAUCAACUUCACAAAUAUAUUCUUCACAAUGGUUAAAAAUCCUGUUGCAUUCAUCGACCAAUUCUACUGCCCUAACAAGAAAAUAUGUCUUGAAAGCACAUCGGCCGUUCAAGUGAGCGAUAUCAGAUUUACUGGACUCACGGGGACGUCGACGACGAAGAGGGAGAUGAUCGCCUUCCGUUGCAGCACCGCCGUUCCGUGCACAAACAUUAUAGUGAACGGAGUGGACAUAAAACCAAUCGAUGGGGGCCAAGCCCGUUCGGCUUGCAUGAAUGUUCGUGGAUUUGCUAGUAAUGUUGCAAGCCCACCUCUUGAUUGCCUACAACCAUAA